CUGAAUCAGGAGCGUUACUUCACAUCCCACACAGAGUCAGCAUGAGGCUGAGUAAGAUGUCCUGGGACACAGAGGACAGACUCACAGUGACUGAGGUGGAAGAGUUUUUAAGAAGACCCCCUGCUGGUUUCACUGUGCACUGUUAUGAAUCAGGAUACUCCAUCAACAGUGACACUGAGAAGAAUGUGGUCCUUAUUGAUGAUUUUAACAUUGGCACAGGGAAUAUAGUGUUUACAAACUCACUCAGGAGGAAAGUGAAACUGCAUAAUCUUGGUCAGUACACCAGUGUGAGAAAGAGUCUGCUGUCCAAGAGGAUUUAUCUGCUUUUAACCGCAUGGGAACAAAUGGUUGCAAAUAACCUUAAAGAUCUGAAGUAUUUUGUGGUGUCCAUUGAUGGUAGAGACCCUUAUAUUAAAUGGCAGAUGGAAAGAGGUCUGGACUGGGCCACUGCGUCGGUCGCUGGAGAGAGCUACAGAGUCAAUAUUGAUUUGACUGAAGCGCUUCAAACUUGGUCUUCAAAAGCCCUGUAUUUGAGAAACAACAGGCAAACCAUCAGCCAAACCCUGGUGUGGAGCGAAGCCUUCUUUACACUCAAGUACUACUCUGAUGCCAUGUUUGACUUCCCAUAUUGGUUUGGCUUCAGUAAAAGAGCAUUUAAGCUGAAGAUAACCUGAAAGAUCUCUGCAAACUUUGGAACUCUGGUUGCUGCAAAAAGCAGUCAAUCCCAAUCAGCAUUUUAGAGUAUAUUUUUGACUGAAGAGGACCACAAUUUUAAGAGACAGUUUGAGGUAUUCUAUUUGAUCUUAGUUGCUGUAUAUAGUUUUGUGAAUGCAUUACAUGAUGAAUGAUAAUUUUAGAUAAGCACUCAUACCUUACUAAUUUUAUUCAGUUUUAUUCAAAGAUAGACAUGUUACAAUGAUCUGAUCAUUACAGGAUGUAUAUUGCUGG